AUGAGAGAAAUUAUGAUUCGAGCUGUUGGUGAGUUUAAAAAAUUGAUUUCAAUAUAAAUUUUAAUCAAAGUGACCUAUUUUUUCCCCCGAAAAAUCUACGUUUCAAAAUAUUUCAUAAAUUUUAACUAAAAAUUCAAUUGUUUCGGGUUGCUAGAAAAAAAAUCGAUUUUCAAAGGUUUAGAGAAUUUUAUAUCAAAAAUGAUUUUUGAAAAUUUAAAAUUUCUGUUCAAAAAAUAUAUGUUUUAUUUCAGAAAUAUCUGAAACUUUUAAGACAAACAAUUUUUCGAAAAUAUUUUUUUUUAACCUGAAAAAUCCGGGAGUCUUUUUUAAAGAAAAGUUGAGCUUAAAUAUUUUCAGGAAAAAAAUUUGAAAAUCAAUAAUUUCUACCCAAAAAUCAAUUUUUAUUUAAUUAACAGCAAAAUUAAAAUUAAAAACUUUAUUUUUAACCUAAAAAUCCCUUUCUGAACCUAAAAGCCUUUUUUUUCCCUGAGAAAAUGUGCAAAAAUGUGGCUUUUUCUCAUAACUACUGUAAGGUUUCUGAUUUGCGCCUAAAAACUUUGCUCUAUUUUUCGGCCAAAAAAAAUUCUCACCACUAUAAAAAUUUAUGAUCCAGAUAUAAAAUACAAAUUAAUGCGCCUAGCAACGUUUGGUGCCAUUUUUCUUAAUAAAAAAGCUCGCUAAAUUUUUCUAGUUUUACUAUUUUUCUACACAAAAAAAAAACAGUGUUAGUUACGUCACAGUUAUGCAAAUUUUUCCCCAGUGAAAGUGUGAUUUUUGAAGUUUAUAGACUACUCAAAAAAAAAAGGGAUUAUUCACCUUUUCCCCCUACAAAAUUCCAAUUUCCCGUGGCAUUUUUCGCAAUUUCCUGUGUGAAGCCCCGGAAACCGAAAGUGUGAUUUGAGCCCCGAAGCCUGACAAAAAUACAUUUUUUAUCAUCAAAUAUUUAUUCAAGAAUUAUUUGUUCUCAAAAAUUGCGUAUAAAUAGAUGAUAGUUAACUAGUUCACGUAACUCCAGUAACUUUCAUUUUCUAGCACCAACCACAUCAACUCAUUUAUUGCCUCUUCUUUCACCAGCCGCCAAAAUGACGUCAGACACAAUCACGGUUAGUUGAACCUUUUCUUUUAUAUACAUAUUUAUAUUUAUUUUUUCUAGUUGUCUAGUUGAUUUAAAUAUUCACGCGAAGAUUUUUGUACUAAAAACAUGUAAACAUGUAUUAUUAUUAUUAUUAUGAUUAUAAUAAUAAUAUACAUAAAUAAAAUUUGUUUCUUCCUAUUGGAUGAAAAAAGAAAGAAAUCGAAAGCUUCCUAUUUUUCUUUUUAUUCUUCUUCUUUUUUCUUUUUUUUUCUCUUUCUAACACUUCGAGAAUUUUUAUUGAUUGAUUGGGUACUGGAAAACAACAAUUAUGUUGCAAUUUUUGAAAAAAAAACAGUGUCCAAUAUUCAUCAGAAUUUUUUAAUGCGAAAAAUCUGGCGAAAAAUUUUUUUAAAAAAUAUUUUUGACCCUAAGAAAAUGAAAUUUUGAAAAUCACUCUCUCUAGGCGCAGCUACUCGAGAACAAGUCUCUCUAGGAGCUGAUCCUUGCCAACUGAAUUUUCUAGGCUCGGCUACUUGCCAUAUAGGAUCUCUAGACGUGGGACCUAGAUGAUUAGGUUCUUUAGGCUCAGCUGCUUGCGAACUAGGCUCUCUAGGCGCCGAUACUUGCCAAUUGAACUUUCUAGGCUCGGCCUCUUGCCAUAUAUAGGAUCUCUAGGCGUGGGACCUAGACGAUUAGGUUCUUUAGGCGCGGAUGCUUGGCAGCUAGGAUCUCUCGGCUUGGCUACUUGGCAUAGCAGAUCUCAAGGCGCGGCUACUUGCCAUAUAGGAUCUCUAGACGUGGGACCUAGACGAUUAGGUUCUUUAGGCUCGGCUACUUGACAACUAGGCUCUCUAGACUGAGCUCCUUGACAACUAGGUUCUCUAGGCUUCUCUGCUUGGCAUAAAAUAUCUCAAGGCAUCACUACUUGCCAGAAUGGAUCGCUAGACGUGGCUCCUAGACGAUUAGGUUUCCUAGGCUCACUUACUUGACAACUAUGCUCAAAAUCUCCAUUGUCAGGUUUUUCACAGAAUCUACAACAUUCUUCUAAAUGUUUGAAAAAUAUACUAUUUUUCCCAAAAAUCACAUUAAUCUUUGCGAUUUUCAUAUUUUUUGGCGCCAAAAAUCAACUGGUUUUUCUCUUCUUUCUAUUUCGGAAACCCAGAAAAGUAUAUCCGGCUUAUACGUAUGUUUUCCACGUAAAUAAAUACAUGUUUUUCCUUUUUCUGUCUUUCUAUUUCUAUUUUUUGCCAUUCUUAUAUGAUCCAACCCUAAAAAUAUCUUUAUUUUCUCAUUUUUUUUUCUCGUUUCUCGUCUCUCUGUCGUUUCAGGACCACCCUGGAAUGUUAGAGAAAAACCUCAGAGUGGCGAAAUAGUGUGUGGAAAUGAGAGAAUCAAAUGGGCGGAUAUAGAAGGACCCAGAAAAAAGAAGAAGAAGAUAAAGAGAGUGAGGAGAGAAAACAUAAAAAUGAAUGCAUUUUUCGUUUUGGUUUUGUGGCAGAAUGCCAGAAAUUAGAGAGAGAAAUGUACUUUUUAGUUUAUAAUGUGUAUAGAUUUAUGCUUUGAGAUUUCGAAAUAGAUUUUCAGUUAUUUCUAGAUUUUUCUGAUAUCAUGUUUUUUUUUGAAAAAUUUCGAAAUUCAUAUUUUGUGAUAGCUUCUCUGGACCUAAAGAUUUUCAGCAAGUUUUCUAGUUUUCUAGUACGAUUUUCAGCCUAGCCUAUAAUUUGCUUUGAUUUCUGACAGCUCUGGAGCUCCCAGAGCUCCAAAAAAAUUUAAAUCUAAUUUUUUCUCCCAAAACUCCAUAGAUCAAUUAGAUUUCAAAAAUUUAUAAAAUUUGAAAGAAAAAAUUAGAUCUGAAUUUUUUUGAUUUUGAAAUAUAUUUUCAGAUAAGUCUAGAUUUUUCUGAUAUAAUUUUUUUUGUUGAAAAUUUGGAAAUUCCUAUUUCUAGUUUUUAUCAAUUUCUCCGGUCCUAAUUUUUCUUAGUAGAUCAAAUUCCCAAAAUUUUUCAAUCUGAUUUUCCUUCCAAACCCCAUAGAUCAAAGUUAGGCAAAUUUAUUGGAUUCCACAACACAAACCCAUAAAAUUCCAAAAAAAAAAUUAAAUCUGAAACUGAAACUGACAUUUUUAUUUCCCUCCCCAAUGUUUGGUCACUUGUUGCUGCCAUUUGGGAAUUACUAACGAUGCCUGCUGACUUUUUUUUUUGAAGCUCAGUAAAAAAAGCUCGGAUUCUGUUUUUUUUUUUUGGAAAAUAUUUUUUGACCUUGUGGGAAAAGUGCAAUUUUGGAAAAACAGUAGCUCAAAUCUUGAAAUGAGCAAUGAUUUGGGAAAUUUUCAUGUGCCUUUGAAAAUUGAAAACUAGAGAAAAACUGAAAAGUUGCUCUUGUUCAUGUUCAAAAAGCCUGUAAGCCUUAUGUUCAUCAUUAGGCCCUAAAUUCGAAGCUUAAAUUUCUGAACCUUAGCUUGAUUGAGCCAAAAAUUUUGAACUUUAGCUUGAUUAAGCCUUAAAUUCUGAACCUUAGCUUGAUCAGGCCCAAAAUUCUAAAUCUUAGCUUCUUCUGAAGGCGGAUUUCAGAUUGGAUUUCAAGCUUCAUACCCCUCUUUUUUGUCCAAAACCAUUUUUCAUUCCUAAAUCUCCCUUUUCCCUUUCAGUCCACGUUUUUUGAGCUCAAAAUCAAUCCAGUUUGUUUAUUCAGCCUGAAUAAACUAUGAAUCAUAUUCAUAUUGGUAUUAAACUUUUUUGGAUUAAAAAUGAAAUUGCAAUUGAUUUUUUUUGCAUUUCUGACUAAUCAUACAUCACAUUUUUUUUUACAUAAUUCAAAUUUCCGCUCCGAUCUUCGAUGUUUUUUUUUCAGAAUAAAAAUAAUAAAUCAAGAUCUACAGUAGUCAUUUUUCGGACCAUCCAUUUGUUUUUAGUUCCCAUAGAAAUUGUCUAAGUUUUUCAAAUUCAAAAAAUACGAAAAAUUGGAGACGUCACACAUUUCUUGUUGAAUUAUUCAAAAUUGUUCUUUUUCUAAUUUUUCCGUCCUCUUUGUUUGUUGUUUUUUUCCUCGUUCAAAGUGCAAAAACGUGUGGGUUUCAGAGAAAAUCAUACUUAUCUGAAUGGUCAAAACUGUCGAGUUUUGCGAUUUCAUUCCGCGAAGUUUUCAAUAUUCAAUUGAGGUGAGGAGAUUUAGAAAAGGCACAAUUUUUGGAUUUUUCUGGAUUUAUUAGCCACGGUGUUUCACAGGGUGAAUUGAGAGACGCAGAGAAACGAGACACAAUCUUAGAGAGAGAGAGAGAGAGAGAGAGAGAGAUCAAGCGCGGGAAACAUUUUGAAUUCAAAAAAAUUCCCCGCGCUUGGUCUCGAGACGAUCUGAUUUUCUCUCGGAGUUUUCUCUCUGCGUCUCUUCCCCGAUUUUUAAAAGGCUGUGUACCUCGAAAUUAUUUUUUAAAUUAAAAAAUGUAUCUAAUUCAAAACAAAAAUUCCUAGUUCACUGUGUGUCAGUCACAUCAAUCGCUCAAAAAAAUAACUGGAAAAAUUGGAAGGAGAACACUAACACAUCAUUUCAGAAAAAAAGACUGUGUAACAAUUUUUGUCGCCUUCUUAUCGAUCCGAAAUCAUUCUUUAAUUUAGUUUUUUUGUUGCUGUGUUGUUUUGUUGUGUGUUUUUUGAUUGAGCUUAUCAAUCUUGUUUUGAAAAAAAAAUUUGAAUUUGGAGCUGUGUGGUUUCAAAUUUUAUAUUAGUAGUAGGAUUUUUGAUCAGAAAUUUUUCCCUCCAAGGUUCCCAUUUCAAAAAUAGUUUCCAGAAAAAAUUUAAUUUGACGUGAACUAUUUCCACCAGUUCCGAAAUGCCCUACAUUCUCACCGAAAAAAACUAGUCAUUUUUUAGUUUAGACAAUUUCACUAGAGGUUUCCCACCAUUACUAUCUAUUUUCCACUAUUACAUUUACAGACAGACGAUUCAGUUUGUGAAGAGACGGGCACAAAUUCCACAAAUCCAUCACCAAAUCAUCCAGCAAUAAUGGAAGAUGGAGUUCGAACAAUUCGCGGAACUAACACAACAAAUUCCACAUCUGAAUCGUCGUCCAACACUUUUGGAUGGCACAAAUGUAUAUUUCUUUUUUUCUACUUAUUUUUCGCCGGCAUGUCGAAUUGGGCUGUUUUGGCGUAUACUCAUGAUUAUGUGCCAAGAGAAGCUCUGCCUGAUUUGAUAUUCAGUUUGGUCGAUGAAAGAGCAUGGGCAAGUAUUAUUGGUGAGUCUUUGAAGCGAAAAAAUAAUGUUGUGUGUACUUCUCUCGGAGAAAUUAUCGAUUAUUUUCGGUAUUAGAUUUAGGCCCUUUUAUGCUUAUCUAAAAAUUUAAAAGAAACCUCAACCCAAAACAAAAAUCAAUUUUGAUGACGCAAGUAACCUUUAAAAGUUCAUCUUCUCUAUUUUUCAGGUGACAUUUGCGUUGCCCUUUGCAUUGUUUUCUUGGCACUUCUACUCGUUGUCCACAAACAUCGUGGAACUAUUCUACGGCGUGUUGUUUUUUGCGCCGGAACACUUUAUUGGAUGAGAUCGGUUACGUUGGCAGUAACUCAGUUACCAUCAUGUGGGUUUUUUGAGGGGCAACUCAAAAACGGCUUGGGAAAAUAAAUUGUGGAUUUUUUCCGGAUAUCGCAAAAUAUUUCUGAAAUUUUUUUUAACUUUUGGAGCCCUGAUUCUAGCCGAGCUUUGCUGAAGAAAAAAAAUUAAUCAGAAAAUUGUUUUUCAGCCCUGAAAUUUCGGGUUCUGGAAUUUUUCACUAAUAAAAUUUACCUUGAGAACGGUGGGAGAAAAAACCAAGAUACGGUAGAAUUUGUCAGCUUCUAGAAUUCUUUGAUCUUUCUGAGGAAACUUUUGGUUUUCUAGGUCAUAUGAGUUCUUUUCCAAAAUUUUCGAAGAUUUCUGAUUUUUGUGGUCCUAUUUUCACCCCAUCUUCUUCUUUAAAUCAAUUUCAAAUUCAAUAUUUUUCCAGCUUACACUGAAAAUGAAAAGAAAUGUCGAGAACGAGUAAAUUCGCAAAUCAGUGUAUUCCUCGAUCGACUAAUCGAACAAACAAUCCGAUUCGGUUUCCAAAGUAAAAACGCGAUGCUUUGCGGUGAUUUGUUAUUUUCUGGUCACACUCUUGUUAUGGUAACAUGUUCCCUAUCAGUUGCAUAUUAUUUACCAAGAAGUGUCAAAUCACUUCAAUGGCUUUCACAUAUUUCUUGUUUUAUUGGAAUGAUUUGUAUGAUUAUUUCGAGGACACAUUAUACAAUUGAUGUUGUUAUUGCGUAUUGGUUAUCGAAUUUUGUAUUCAGGUGAGUUGGAAGGAAUUUGGAAUCAGAAUGUUUUUGAAAAAUCCAAUUUCUCGUGAAAAUUUGAAUUUAGAAAAUAAAAUUUCAGAAAAACUUGCUGAAAACUCACUGAAAUUUUGUCCAAGAGAAAUUAAAAUCAUAGGAAUUUUCCACGUCUUGUUCAGAUUUUUUUUUCAAAAAUUCAACAAAUUUUUCCUCAUUUCAGAGUAUAUCAUGCAUUUUGUGAAGUUGAUAUGUGUAUGGAAAGACAAAAAAGUAUAUUAUAUUCGUGGUGGCCGUGUCGAAUUGUUGAUUGGCUCGAAGAGAAUCAGAUUCCAGGUCGCCUCGAAAACCACAUCAAUCUACCAUUCUACAAAAAACAUCAGAAAUCAUCAAUGCCAGAUUCGUCAACCGAUAUUCGACAACAUCACAAACAGGUUUCAAUUGUGAGUUGUUGACAUUAAUUUUUGUUUCUAAUUUCUCAUUUUCAAUAUAUUGUAGAGCUCAUCUUCAUCCACCUAUCCAUGUUGA